AUGCACAUCACUGCCGCUGCUCCUAGAAGAGUAUCGAAGCAAGAGCUACAGGAGUCGAGCUUCCAUCUAUCAGACCUUAUAAGUGUAAGUAGUCACUCGGGAGGAGAUGCAGCAGCAGUUGUCAGCUGGCCAUCGCCGACACUUUUAAGCUCAACAUUGCCGACAGCAGUGUCAACUCCAUCGUCAUCUAGUGCUUCGACACCAGAAGCGGUAUCGCUGUCAAGUUUUUCAUCUAAGCGGUUGAAUUGGACACGUCGAUUAGUGAUCACAAAGCAGCCUGCGUCUGAAUUUUAUAAAGACGAAGGUGGUAAGGCAAAUGCACUUGAGGUGGAGGUGACAUUGGUGGAGUUUAACGAGCUUGGAGAGUCUGCGCGAUCUCCAGAUAAGGAUUUUAUUGACAUACCUCUUCGUAUUUUGCUCUUUUUUGAGUCUGGAAAGCGCGUAGAUGACACAGACCAAGAAAUAUUUCGGUUUGUAGGAAACGACUACGACUCGGUAGUCAUACGAGCGGCAUCACGCAAGGCAUUAGUGCAGUUUCGUCUCGAAAAAGUGAGUCGGCGAAAGGAUGGACAAAGAUUCAAGCUACGCAUUGAAGUUGAUCAAGAACAGUGCACUGCCAAUGUGGCAGACCUUACACCAGUAUUCACGAAUGCGAUUUGCGUAUUGUCGAAGCGUAAACAUCCGAGCUCCUAUAAUUUAGAUUCAUCCAUUCGUGGAAAAGAGCCUCCUCCCAAAGUAUCAAAACGAGAUUUAACUUCGUUAGAGGAUAGGCUGAGCCGGAAGAUUGAUGGACUUGCGGGCCAGCUUCGUCACUUAAGCCAGCUCGUCCAAAACCAGAAUGACUUCAUCGCCAAGCAACAUCAAAUGCCUCUGGGUCCUUCUUCAAUGCACUGCUCUCCGACCGAUAGCUCCGUACUAGAAUGGUUGCUUCGGUCAAAUACAGUCGAAGAUGACAUAAACCCGAAAACAACUCUGGAGCCGCCCCUCUUUUCAAAUUCGGUCCUGCCCUACUUUGAUGUGACGGAUGAGUCGGAACAUAGUGUCGAUGCAGACCUCACACCCGCGUUCGUAUCGCCAGUUUCUACAAGGACGACGACUUCAUCGAACACGCGGUCUAUUGAGGCAACGACGACACCUUCACUGCCAUUCAGUGAGAUCUAA